CCUGGUUGUUUCGCUUCGAGCCGCUUUAGCUGCCGGAAGUAAUUUCGCGUUGGAUGCUGGGAUCUUGGUGAUGUGGCCCCCCCUUACUUCCCCCUCCCCGCCCCGGUAUGUCGGAAGAGACCAGACAGAGCAAAUUGGCCGCGGCCAAGAAAAAGCUGAGAGAGUAUCAGCAGAAGAACAGUCCUGGUGUUCCUGCAGGAGCAAAGAAGAAAAAAAAGAUAAAAAAUGGCAGUAGCCCUGAGACAACCACUGCUGGUGGUUGUCAUUCACCUGAGGAUAUUCAGGACAUUCUGAAGGUGCUGGUGUCCGACCUUAACCAUUCCAAUGGGGUAGCGCUCCCCCCAUUGGACAAGUGGAAGGUACCCAAAGACCACACUGCUCCUGCACCACCAGCUGCUGAUGACAGCGUGUCACUUGGCCGUGUCCCUUCCCCAGGCCCUACUCUCCCUAGCCUGGAGUCACCUCAGAACCAUGAUGCCAACAUUGGUCCUAAUAUUAUGGAUGAAACAAAGACUUUCUCAUCAACCGAGAGCCUGCGACAACUUUCUCAACAGCUCAAUGGUCUUGUAUCUGAGUCUACAUCAUACAUCAAUGGAGAAGGCCUCUCAUCAUCUGCUAACAUGAAGGAUCUGGAGAGCCGGUACCAAGAGCUAGCAGUAGCCCUGGACUCCAGCUAUCUAACAAACAAACAACUCAGUAGCAAGAUAGAGGAAUUGAAACAGCAGAAUCAAGACACUCUGGAUCAACUGGAAAAAGAGAAAAAGGCGUGUCAAGAGAAGUUGGCAAAGGAGCAGGGAGCUCUAAGGGAACAGUUGCAGGUUCACAUCCAGACCAUAGGAAUUCUGGUGUCUGAGAAAGCAGAAUUACAGACAGCCCUGGCUCACACUCAGCACGCAGCCAGGCAGAAAGCAGGAGAGUCUGAGGGUCUUGCUGGCCGUCUGCAGUCUUCCCGACAGCGUGUAGGAGAGCUGGAACGGACUCUGUCUGCUGUCUCCACACAGCAAAAGAAGGCAGACAGGCACAACAAGGAGCUAACCAAAGAGAGAGAUGCCCUCAGGCUGGAGUUGUACAAGAACAACAUAAAUAACGAGGAUCUGAAGCAGCAGAACUCAGAAUUGGAAGAGAAGCUCCGUGUGGUGCUGGCAGAGAAAGCAGCUAUGCAGCUGGGGGCGGAGGAGCUCCAAAAGAAGCUGGAGAUGUCUGAGCUGCUGCUGCAACAAUUCUCUAGCCGGUCUGAAGCCCCUGAUAGUAACCAGCAGUUACAGCAGGCCGUAGAGGAGCGGGCACAGCUGGAGAAACAUGUGGGGCAGCUGAUGGAGUCAUUGAAACAACUGCAGGUGGAGAGAGACCACUAUGCAGAGAACCUGAAAGGAGAGAGCGCCAUGUGGCAGCAGAGGAUGCAGCAGAUGUCAGAGCAGCUGCGCACAUUGAAGGAAGAGAAGGAACAGAGUGAGAGUCGGGUUCAGGAGUUGGAGACUAACUUGGCAGAACUGAGGAGCCAGAUGGUGGAGCCCCCACCCGUGGAGCCCCCUGCAGGGCCCUCAGAGGCAGAGCAGCAGCUGCAGGCAGAUGUGGAGCAGCUGCAGAAGGAACUGGAGAACCUGGCUGGAAAGCUCCAUGCCCAGGUGCAGGAUAACAAUAGCCUGAGUCGCCUGAAUCGAGAGCAGGAGGAGCGGCUGCUGGAGCUCGAGCAUGCUGCGGAGCUCUGGGGCGAGCAGGCAGAGGAGCGCAAGCAGAUCCUGGAGAGCAUGCAGAAUGACCGCACCACCAUCAGCCGCGCGCUCUCCCAGAACCGUGAGCUCAAGGAGCAGCUGGCGGAGCUGCAGAACGGCUUCGUAAGGCUGACGAAUGAGAAUAUGGAGAUCACCAGUGCGCUGCAGUCAGAGCAGCACGUCAAGAAGGAGCUGGCCAAGAAGUUGGGUCAGCUACAGGAGAAGCUGGGAGAGCUAAAGGAGACGGUGGAGCUGAAGAGCCAGGAGGCUCAGGGUCUGCAACAGCAGCGAGACCAGUACCUGUCUCACCUGCAGCAGUACGUGGCAGCCUAUCAACAGCACGUGGCUGCCUAUCAGCAGCUGACCUCCGAGAAGGAGGCGCUGCACAAGCAGGUUCUGCUGCAGACUCAGCUUAUGGACCGGCUGCAGCAUGAAGAGGUGCAGGGCAAGAUGGCAGUGGAGAUGGCCCGCCAGGAGUUGCAGGAGACCCAGGAGCGCCUAGAAGCCACCAGUCAGCAAAACCAACAGCUACAGGCCCAGCUGAGCCUCCUGGCUCUCCCUGGGGAAGUAGAAGAUGAAAUGGACAAGGAAGAAAAGGAGGAGGAGGCUUCUCGGCCCAGUUUGACCAUCCCAGAGGACCUGGACAGCCGAGAGGCCAUGGUGGUAUUUUUUAAUGCGGCUCUAGCCAGUGCCGAGGAAGAGAAGGCACAGCUGCGCAGGCAGCUGAGGGAGCAGCAGACACGCUGCCGGCGCCUGGCUCAUCUGGAAGCCACAUCCCAGAGUGAGCCCACAGAGCAAGCCCUGGUCCCCAGGAGUGGGGACAAUUGUGUGUCUGGGGAGAGCACCCAGGCUCUACAGAUGGCCAUGGAGAAGCUGCAGAGCCGCUUCCUGGAGGUCAUGCAGGAGAAGGUGGAGCUCAAGGAGCGGGUGGAGGAACUGGAACAUCGCUGCAUCCAGCUCUCUGGAGAGACGGACACCAUCGGAGAAUACAUUGCCCUCUACCAAAAUCAGAGGGCAGUGCUGAAGGAGCGCCACCGAGAGAAGGAGGAGUACAUCAGCCGGCUGGCCCAGGACAAGGAGGAGAUGAAGGUCAAGUUGCUGGAGCUGCAGGAGCUGGUGCUGCGGCUUGUGGGGGAGCGCAACGAGUGGCAGGGCAAGUUCCUGGCAGCAGCCCAGAGUCCUGCUGAGACUACCACUCCAGAGCCAGCAAGCCCCCAGGAAUUUGGAGCAACUGACAAGCAGGGUGACCUUCGAGAGGUGAGCCUUGCUGACAGCGUGGAGCCGGCACAAGGAGAGGCUGGGGCGGCUUCUCCCCCUGAGAACCACACUGCGCAGCAGAUCAUACAGCUGCUGCGCGAGAUCCAGAACCCCCAGGAACGCCUCGGCCUGGGCACCAACCCCUGCGUCCCCUUCUUCUACCGUGCCGACGACAAUGAUGAGGUUAAGAUCAUGGUCAUCUAAGUCGGAGGCCGGGGAGGAGGGGCCAGGGACUUUUCCCCCACCUGUCCCUUACCCCCCUGUCCCUGCCAUUCCUUCCCAGUUACCCUUUUACCCUUAGGACUAGCAAGUUAAGACCCCUAAUAAGGGGACAAACAGGUGCAGACCCUUUGCCACCUUGGCUAGGGCUGAGUCUUGAUUUCUGGACUCUUGCUCCAGAAAGGGAGCCAGAGGCUCAUAAUUUUCUAGAGGGGCAGGGCUCUAUGGUGGCCCCCUUGCCCUCACCAAGCAGUCCUUCAUUUAGGGGGCUCUAUCCUCUUACAAGAGGCACUUUGGGGCAGGCAAGUUGGGCAGCAUUUUCACAGCCCUUAAGAUGGGGCUCACUGUAGGUGGGGCUGGGGCAGAGUCUGGCGGGGGCAGUCCUCCAUUCAGCAGGGCUCCUGUCUUAGAGGCACUUUGGCAGGUCAGCUGGGCAGCAUUCUCAUGGGUCUUCAAACAUUUAGGGUCACUGAAGGCUAGGCGAGGGUAGCGUGGGCGCAGGCAGUCCUGAGGGCUCCCAUCCUCAGAAGUAUCUUGGGCAGGGCCACUGGGCAGCAUUCUCAGGCCUUGUGACAGUUGAGGCUAACUGUAGGCCAGGCAGAGCAGAGGCUGCUGGGGGGGUGGGCUCCCCUCCCCCAGUGUACAUAUUGUACCUGUGUAUCAUUUUGUAAAUUCUGGGGUAGGACUGCCCCCUGUAUCAUAGUUGGAGCUGGCAAAUGGAGAGAAGAGUCUAAUAAUUAUUUGGGAUUGGGAAACUUAUUUAUUGAUAGUAUAGGACAAAGGAAGGAGGCAGGAAUGGGGUUGUGGUGCCCUGGUGAUGCAGCUCCUGUUUAUUUUGCUUUUUAUUUCUGAAUAAAUGGAUUUAGCCAUACCGCU